AUGCUUCAGAAUACCAGAAUGUUCUUAAAGUUUGUCCCACUGUUUGUUAUAUUCCAAGUAUCAAGAUGUUCGUUUGUGAUGGACAGCUACAGUCAAAAAGGCAUCUACUUAUCCGACUAUUGCCCACAAAUGGAGUACUGUCCCGAAGGAUCCCACGUCAUGUGCAUGUAUUAUGAUCCUAAUCGUGAAAUGGGUCCACGAUGCAGUAAUCCUCAGAAUGUAACCAUUACGCCAGCUCUAGCAAAUCAAUUACUUGAGAUUACAAAUGCAAUCAGGAGCAAAAUAGCCAAUGGAAGAGAGACUGGAUACAACGGAACUAGGCUACCGAGGGGCUAUGGAAUAUUCAGAUUGAAAUGGGACAAUGAACUGGCAACUUUUGCACAAGUUUUGGCGAAUCAGUGCGUACUUAAACGCGACUUAUGCAGAGCAAGCAAAAAGUUCCCUGAUCCAGGCCAAAUAGCUGGUUUAGUACGUUUCUCCUACCCAGACUGGAAUCCUGUGACACGGAUGACCACCAACCCACCUCCAGGGUUAGAUGACUCCAAGCUAGCGUUCUCCGUAACCCAAACCCUCAAGUCCUGGACCCAGAAUACUGGCUUCAGAUUGUAUUUGGAAAUCGUCCACGGAUCAGCAACACACAUGGGCUGCGGCAUGUCAGGAUACAGCGAAUUCGCUUUCUAUCAUAGCAAGCGAUCAAUGAAUUACAAUUCAAUCCAAGUGGUAUGCAACUUCUCAUCACGUCCAAAAGCUGGUGAAAUGGCGUACUCGGUAUUACCCAGCCGAGGUUCUUCUACAUGUGGGUGUCCUGAGGGUUCACAAGAGGAUUCUGAUUGCCUUUGCAAUGAAGUAACAUCGCAACCACAAAACAGAGUAGCAUUUGAUGCGGGAAUCCAAGCAGAACCCGAAUCGUGUCCCAACCCGGAGAACAACUGCGAGCCAACGCUGGUGCUUUUACCAAUAUUCACCGUGGAAGAUGCACCACCUGAGAAACUCCUUGACCGAGCAGAAGAUAUUCGAGAACCUCUAAGCAGUUACAUAGCAGACAGGUUAAACAAUAGAUCAAACACCGUCCUAUCACAAGCGGCAGAUGAGGUGAACGAAUUUUUCGACGAAGCAGCCAGGGAUAGAGAGUUUCAGCCACGAAGCAUGACCAAGUCAAACGUUCGCCAGCCGUAUCCUGCUAUACCACAUUCACUAUCACGCACCUAUCCAAUCAAUACUGCACUGGUUGUACCACAAACGAACCACCCCGGUUACAAUUCGCCAAAUCCAGUAUCAAGAAAGAGUUCAGUACCACGAAGGGCUUAUCCAUAUAGUAGAUCAGAACCAGGGCAAAGACGCAAUUCUCCUAGACAACCUGCCGGGUACGGUGUCAAGAAAUCAAGUAUCUUCAAUAGGGCUGCACAAUUCAAGUUACCUAAAGGAGGGAAAAACUUUGGUUCAUACGAGCCAAUUAAAUCUGAUGUGAAGCCACGUAAAGACUUUAAAAACAUACAAAGGGUCGUCAAUGAUUAUAUCAAACAAAGAAAUAACAAAUUUAGAAGAAAUGAAGUUGUUACUAACAAGCACCAAGAAAAUUUGAAUAAAGUUACUUCAGGUACAACAUUAAAAAUAGAAGAAAAUACGGAAACCAUUUUGAAUAAUGUUGAGGAAAAAGUUAUAAGCUUUGAUCAAUUUCGGCAUAAAAAUAAUGUGAGCAUUGAACAUAAUACUAAACAUUUUGAUGUAAACUAUGAAGAAAGUGAUAAUAAACUAAUGACUCUACUUGAUACGCUAGAGCGAGAAGUAAAACAUAUAGAAUUAGAUGGUAAUGAUAAAGAGAUUUUUGACGCGAAGAUUAGAAAAAUAUAUGAUACAGUUGUGCACAAGCCUGCGAAUUCAUAUUCUCCACUGCCAAACCCUAAGUCUUUACCCAAAAAUAAAAUGAAGUCUCUAGCGAUGCUGUCCGAUUUAUAUGAAACCGACUUUGGAGAGUCAAAAACAUUUAUCAAACAAGAAUCAAAUCAUAUUACUGACGAUGAACACAGAAUAAGACAUGAGCUAGAACAUUUAUCUGAAGAAAAUAGAAGUAAUUAUCAUAAGCAAGGACUUCCAAAAAUGGUAAAUCGUGCUAGAGACUAUGAAUAUUUGGAUAAUAAAUUUGAAGAAAAAGGGGAUAAAACUCACCUUAAUCAAAAAGAGGAUAGACAUUCUGAUGAUAUUAAAUCUUUUUACGACAAUGAUAUGCUGACUGAUACCGAUCACAAACUAUUUGCUGAUAUAGAGAACAAAUAUAACGAGCGUUUAGCAGCUUUAACUAGUCGAAAGCUUGAUGACGGAAUGGAUAGAUUAGGAGGUAAAUAUGAUGUCGUUGGCAGCCAAAAGUAUCCUGAUGUACCUUCUUCUAGAAAUAGAUAUGAUGUGGUCAAAUAUGAAAAUCAUAAACCUAGACCAAACUCAGAUGAACUAAGGACACGUCGAGAAUUUGAAAAAUAUCAUGAUAAAGAAUCAAUGGGUAAAGAAUCCAUACACAAUGAUAUGAAUAGGAAAUAUUAUAGAAAUAGUGAAGAUGGCAGAAAACGUACUUUAGGUGAUAGUAAAGAUGGUAAAAGAAACCUUUGGGGCCAUGAAUUUGAGCAAAACGAUCCGUUAAGCAUGGAAAGAAAGAAAUUUUACCAAGAGAAAUUGGAAAACCUUGAGAGGCGGCUACAUGAUCGCUCUUUACGGCGUAAAAAUUACGAAGAUAGACCAAGUGAAAGAGCAUUUCGACGGUUGAGGCCAAACGUCGGAAAGACGGAUAGACAGAAAUCGAAAACACAAGGAGAUGCAAUUUAUAUGCCAGACCGCGCUAGGUUUUUGCAUGGCUUUUAA